AGGAUUCACACAGGGGAAAAGCCGUUCACAUGUACAGAGUGUGGAAAAAGUUUUAUACAAAUAAAUUGUCUGAAAACUCAUGAAAGAAUUCACACAGGAGAAAAGCCUUUCACAUGUACAGAGUGUGGAAAAAGUUUUACACAAAAGAGUGAUCUGAAAACUCAUGAAAGGAUUCACACAGGAGAAAAGCCUUUCACAUGUGCAGAGUGUGGAAAAAGUUUUACAGAAAAGAUUCAUAUGAAAACUCAUGAAAGGAUUCACACAGGAGAAAAACCGUUCACAUGUACAGAGUGUGGAAAAUGUUUCCCACGAAUGGAUAGUCUGAAAAACCAUGAAAGGAUUCAUACAGGAGAAAAACCUUUCACAUGUUCAGAGUGUAGAAAAGGUUUUACAGAAAAGAACACGAUGGACUUAGAGUCUAUGCCUGAAGCAGAGUGCAACAUUUGUUUGAGUGCCCAUGUUGAACCUCCUUUUCCUUAUUGUGGUUCCUGUAUUGAAAGAACCUUGAUGUAUAAAGACCGGCUCUUUGUUACUGAGCUACCAUUCUCUCAGGUGGAUUCUUUUCAGGCAAUGCCACAUUCUCCUCCUCAAGUACCCCAGGCCUUUUUCAACAACCCAAAUAGGGCAUUUACAUAUACCUCUGAAGAUAACACCAACACUUUAUUUGAUAUGGAAAAUUUGGGGUUACGCAAGAAGAGUCAGUUUAAUCCCCCUACUGACAAUCCAGCAGUAGAGACUUUCAUUACACUGGUGGAGAGUGCGUUUAAAAACCUUUCUUAUAAGGAUUAA